AAAAGUCUAGCUGAAGUUGUGAGGAAAGACUUUUAUGAGAUGUUGAGGCAUUGCUGGAGAAGUGGUCGUCUCCUGUGUGCUGCGGUCGUAGUGCCUGACACAAUACAAGCUGUUAGCAAAGACAAAUCUGGCUGGGACAGAUUAAAAAACGUGUUCACAAUAGAUGAAUAUGGUGAAUUUACCCCCGAACUAUCCAAUAUCUACCAAACUACUAUAUUUGCAGCCUUUGCUGGUGGUUGCUAUGGUGGGAUAGUUUUUUCCCGUAAAGCUUAUUUAGACUUUAUUGAGAGAAAUGAGGCAACCAAGUUCAAACACCAUUUUGAAGCGAAGAGGGAGCUUCAAAACUAUGUCACUGUUAGCUUUGCAAAGGGCGCCUUCAAGUGGAGCUGGAGGGUCUGUCUUUUUACUGGAUUAUAUAUUUCCUUCGUGACGGCUCUACACGCUUACAGAGGUGAACCGUCAAUUUUCAAUUACAUCAUUGGAGGUCUGGUUAGCGGGGCCAUCUACAGGAUUAAUUAUGGUCUUCGUGGAGUGAUAGUCGGAGGAACUGUGGGUUCAAUGAUUGGCCUUGCUGGAGGUUGUCUUACAUUAAAUCUUUUGAGGCUUACAGGACACACUUUUGAUGACAUUUACCAGAUACAGGAAGAACAGUUAAGAAAUAGAAAGAGGAAUAUGAAACAAGUCGAGGAAAAGUCGUAUCAAGAUGAAACUCAUAGGAAAAUGUUAGAGGUCCAUGACAGGAUCGUCAAGGAUACGCAAUGAAUUCGGGAAGUGGAUUGUAGAAAAUAAUAAUGUUUGUAAAUAUUGUACUUAUUGUAAAAGGUAAAAUAAAAAUAAAUACAGUUAUGAUUAUUUAAAGCGUUCAUUCAUUAUUAUAAUGCGUACAUUUAACAGAGCAUAGUGUCAAGUUAACUGUAAGUAAAGAGACAAACAUUGAAUAUAGUUUAGUUUGUUUUGGAGCAAAAUGUGCACAAAUGGAGUUUCAUUUACAAUUAUUGGAAUCUAUAUCUUUAAUGACAUUUACAACAAUUAGUUUACAUUUAUUUAACUACCCUUUAAUUUAGGAAAACAUACAACCAGAAAUCAAAUGCAACAGUAUAAUCUUCCUUCGUAGUGCCAAAUUGAUGCAUUCAUAAUCGGCACUACGACAUUACUACAAGAACUUUCUUUUUGAUUGAGCUCUGACUAGAUGAGCGAAUCCGAAAAUCUACCAAAAUUGACUGUACACAUCAAAAUAGAUAUUAUUUACUGUGCAAAAGUUUGCAUAUAUUAUUAGACAAUUUUUUUACAAGAUGAGGUAGGUAACAAAUUGUACAUUAACUAUUGCCUUGUAGUUUUUAAAAAGACGUUUCGAGGUAUUUCAUAUUGAAACAGCUAAAAUGAAACUUUUCAUUGAAUAUAUAAAUUUGUACAUUUUACCAGAACGCCAACAAAAGUUUAAAUUUGAGCAGCUAUACACAAUCUUUCUCCCCAAAAUAUAAAUAUGAAUACAAAAUAUAUUUACCUACUCUAAUAACAAAAGAGACAAUUUUUUUGUAAUUAAAAUAAAUUAUUUUAAAAAAAUAAAUGUUUAUUAAAGAAAGAAAUGAAUAUAACAACUUGUUCAAGAUAUUAUAAGUAUAAAAUUUGUAAAGUGAUUUGAAUGAUCAACUGCUAUUGUUGAUACGACAUAUAAAUGAAACGACAAUUACAAUAUUUAUUGUUACAUUUAAUUUAAUUUAAACGCCUAGACAUAAAAGAUUUUUUUAAAUUUUCUAAUUUUGUAUUAAGAAUAUAAUGAAAAUUGACAUUUUUCAUUUGCUCUUAACAUGGUAAGUUUCUUUUCGUUGAGCACGUGAUAGUAUGUUAAAAGAUAUUUGCUGGUGAAUGUCUAUAAAAUAAAAUGCUAUACUUUUUUUGAAUUCUUGCUAAUUAAACUCAGAAUAAGCUGAAACUUUCCAAAUAGAAAUGAAUCUGAGAUCUCAAGUACACAUAUAUUAAUUUUCCCCUAUUUAUAUGAUAAUUAUUUAUCAUAUAAACAUAUAUUUCAUAAAUAUCAAAAUAUAUAUUUACAAAACAUUUAAUUUACUUUUUUUAUUUUAAUAUUUUUUUAUAUAUAAGAGACUUUCACCACCAAGCUAAACAACUUAAGUAUCAAUUUUUGCUAGUUAAAAUUUAAUUUAUAAAGCUGAGCUGCUUUUGGAAUAAAUGUUUCCAGUUGUACAUAUAUGUAUAUCUGAAGAUACACACACAAAAUAUAACAUUUUUGAAAUGUUUAGUUAUUUAUUACUUUCUGACAAAUAAUGAUUUUAAUAAAGAGUGCACUGCAACUACCAAUAAGUAAACUAUACUUAAUAAAAAUUACAAGAUUAUUUAACAAUAUUGAAUAAAAACAAUAUAAUUUGUUAAGUAGUGAUCUCUAGUUAUUUUUAUUCAAACUUGAUGUACCAAGUUUAAAUAUAUAGAUUGGAAUCAGAAAAAUUGACAUCCAUUUGGUGUACUGUGGCAUCACAACACAAAUCCACUUAUUUUAAAAUUAGAAAUACUGUUAUUUAUUUUGAACUUUUAUGAGAAUAGAAUUAAAUAAAAAAAAAAAAAAAUUAAUAUUUUGUCUGUUUUGGUAUAACCAGAGACCACGUAAAAUAUAAGUAAACCUAUAAGUUCAUCUAACUGCCCUGUAAGAUUGAGCAACUGAUUUUUAAAAAAUUUAUAUUAUUAAUUAAAUCAAUGGUCUAUUGAAAACAAAAAACACUGAGUAAAAUAAUAGGUCGAGCAUGAAAUACGAUUUUGUACAAUACAACCUGUCUUUAACAAUUCUGUUAGCCUUGCUUUUCUAAUUUGGCAGUGUUCAUUAGAUCAAAAACAAAAGAAAUGGUGCAUAAUGGUACAAGGAAGAUUUUUCAGGUGAAAAAGAUGAAAUCUCUUUUAUUUAAAAUGUUUUGAGGCAAUUUUACUGAUUUUUAUAUUAUUUUUCUUUUUUAUUAUUUUUUUUUUUGAAUAAUUAUCACACUAAUAAAGAGUUAUUGCCUUUAAAAAAGAUGUUUGCUACGCAAUGACAAUGGCAGGAUGGCAAGAAUAAAAACAUUAUUUUAUUUAUAGGCUGUGAAUAAAUUCAAUUCUAGUUCAAAAAAUUUAAAUUAAUUACUUUUUGAGAAUGAAUUAAGACAGUAAUUGAUAAAAGUCUUCUUUAACACGAUUCCCAUAGUUUUCAGUUUUUCCUAAUUUGCCUCUGAAAAUGUAUAUAUAUAUAUAUAUAUAUAGAUAUAGAUAUAUAUACUGAAGACAUAACCAUAUAUAAACAACCCCUAUCAUUCUAUUUUAUCAAAUCUACAAUUAUUAGCUUUUGAUCACAUGUCUUAGUUAAUUAUAAAAAAUACAAAUCCACAGCCGUGCUCCCUAUCCAGUCUCGAAAUCGCCUUCAAUCAUCGACCUUCAAAGAUGACACUAUUACAAUAAUAAUUACAUAAAUACAAUUAUUAAUAAAACAACUCCAAAUCGAAUCUUAAAGCUAUCUAUAAUGUACACAUUUAAGAGAUUUGACUACAAUUAGUAAGAAACAUCAAUUUAUUAAAUAUCACAACGAAAUUGCGUUACAAAAUGGAGGGGGUGUGUUGACAUUUUAUUAAAUUAUCUACUAGCACCAUCACAUUCUAAUUUAUUUAAAAUUAGUCCCAAACACACAAUAACCACACUUUUGAGGUCCAUUUUCCGUUGGUGCAUAACAUUUACUAACAACCUUUUUUUCUGUGAAAUAGUGAAUCUGCGAUACUUUACAAACUUUGCUACCCAAAAAUUUGGUGUUAACAGUCUUUGUACGAGAAAAAUUUGAAAAGGGAAAUAUAAUCAUCACUCAUUUCAUAUGUAUAUAUAUAAAACACAUUUAACAGAUAACUCGAUAGCUACAAACAAUAACCACUGUUGUGGAAGAAUAACUUUUGAAAGAAUGGCUGUUUGUAGAUCACAUAAACAACUAGUCAUAUUUUUCAAAAAAUUAUAGUAAAACAAAAUAAAAAAUCUAAUAGUUUAUCUCACUAAUACAUCACAUCCAAAAUUGAAAAAUUCUUAUAGAGAUAAGUUUAUAUUGAUGAUAGGGCUAAAGAUGACAAGCGGGAGGUAAAACCAAUUCCGUCGUAGAGUUCAUUUUGUCUUGGCGAACGUCCUUUACAUUAAGAACAGUCCUUUAAUUUAACUAGCCUUAAAUCUAUAUCACACUUUAAUGCACUCAUAUUUUUUUAUCCUUAUCACAAUGGGCGCUAAUAUCUUUCGAUAAACCAACACAAAAAUUAAGAUGAUGUUCACAGCAUACUUUUACUAGACAAUACCAAAUUCGUUCUAUCACAAUUCGGUUUCCUAUAAAUAUCACAUAGCCAUUUUGUUUUGUUUUAUUUUUACAAGUAGAGCCCUUCAAGAUGGUCAAGUUAGUUUAAUUAACACAAUAAACAAAUAAUUUAAAGUUAGUUCAAUUAACAUCAAAUAAUUUAAAUGGAAUUAAUUUAGAGUUAUUUAAUCAUGUGAAAACGAACCUGGCCCAGAGGUAUAUUGAUACAUCUCCCUCUAGUGUGAAAAUAAUGAAAUAAUGUUCAAUAAAGUAAAAUAAAAUACUAAAUAAUUUAAAAUUAAUAUAAGAUAAAAUGAAGUUGAUUCAUGUUAUCACCUUUCAACCUCAACAUUUUCAUUUUCAUUUAUACAUUAUGAUAAUAAUCUAUACAAAACAAAUACAGUUUCUUAAUAACAUAUUCACAAUCAUUAUAUGAUACAUGGUUAGACAAAUUUAAAACAUUACAAUUUCUUUAAAACUAAAAACAAUCUUUACAAUUCCAUUUUAUAAUUUCAUUUAAACUUUUAGUGUUAUAUAUUUAUGUACAAUCUAUUUAUAUAAAUAUUUCUUUUUUUUUUUUAGCAUUUUUAUUUUAUUUUUUUAUUGACUAGACGCUUUUUAUGAUUCCCUUUAUAAUUUAAAUAAAUACUUUAAUAUUUAAAAUUAAUCAACAACCGGCUUUUUUCGAGAUUACGUUAAAAACUGAAUAGAUCAAAAUUUUCCUAAUAGAUCAUAUUAAUAUAUAAUUUAUAUUUUGAUAAAAUUAUUUAUGAGGUUCGUUUGGUUGUUUGUUUCAGAUAAUUCAUGUUACUAUUAGAUUUAUGAUGAGGUAGUAAUUUACGAUUAGUUUCAUACUAACCACAUAACUGGAAGUACGGAGAGGCAGUUAGUAUUCCACGGGAGGGCUUAGUUUUAAAAAAUAACGUUUUAUUUUCGAUCAAUUUAACUAAUUUUAAAAACUAUUCAGAUUGUGCUAGAUUGAAAUUAUAUUAUUCUAUCAUUUCUUACACCAGCCGUUACUUAUCACAUUUUCUUACUCCUGCUAACCUUAUCUCCUACAUUAUACCUUAUUGUACUUUAUCACCAAUGAUUGUCUCUUAAAAACCCCCAUCCCCAAACCAUCACAAUUAUUCCAGGCCAUUUACCAAAUAUAUAAUAAAAAAUACUUAGCCUAUGCGUACUCCUGCUUCGUUAACAUUUGACAAGAUCCAAAACAGAUGAACUCUAAGAGGUUGCCGCUUCCUCCGAUAUUAAAACAGAGAGAUAUGAAGAGAGAAAUAGAUUAAGAGAGGUUAAUACUUUACGACUGACGGCAUUUAUCGGUGUUGACCUUGAUGUAUGUGCGUAGUCAAAUGCUUUGAAAGGUAGUCUGCCCGCGCAAAGCAUUUGCCACACAUUUCACAAUGAUAAGGGCGCUCCCCUGUGUGGAUUCGAAGGUGCCUCGUCAGAUCACUCUUUCCCCCAAAUGCACGCCCACAAAAGAGGCAAGCAAAAGGUCGCUCUCCGGUGUGCUUCCGCACAUGGAGCUUCAAGUUUUCCUUCGAUCUCACACAUUUGCCACAGAAAGGACAAGCAAACGAUCUGGUAGGCCUCUGCCGUUCUCCAAGCUGUAGCAAUCCAAUCAAAGACGACUCACCACCCUCGGCAGAAUCUACCGUGUCAUCCUGAUCAGAACCUUCCACUUGCCUACCUACGGCUUCGUUCGAGCUCGUCACUUCUUCUCUUCUCUCUUCCUCAUCCUCUUUUUCUCGAUCAGAGCUCCUCCUUGGGCUGUUUUGGAUCCUCUCAAGAGUGUGAUUCAACCGAUGCUUCUUGAACGACUUGAGGUAUCUGAACUGCAUUCCACAAACAUCACAGGUGAAUAAUUUGUCAGCUGGUAAUCUUGCACGGUGAUUUUGUUCGCGAUGUUUGAGAUAUGCAGAUCGAUAGCGAUAACUCUGGCCACAUUGAUCACACCUGAACGGCUUGUCAUCCCUCAACGGUUCCGGCGUGCCGUGGCCCGGAUGCUGGAGGGCGAUGUGCUGGUCCAGUAGCCACGGCGACGGGAAGCCAGCAAGGCAGACGCUGCACCUGACCCCGAGCGCCUCGUGGGCCUGCAGGAGGCUGAGGACACUUUCCCCGUAGAGACCAGCCAGCCCCGCUAAUGUUGGGAAUUGGAAAGGCGUCGAGCUCCUGCUGCUGGUGCUGAGCUGGUCUAUACUGCGAGUACUCCCUGAAGGACCAAAUUCUCCCUCUACCAGGCACACCUC